AGUUUUGUUUGGUUCUUGGAGCCAUGACAGAUUUGAAAAGGAAUCAGAUCUAUAGUGUCUUUGAUAUGCUUGAUAUUGAUGGCUCUGGAAAAAUUGAUUUUGACGAAUUUUACCUUCUGACUUGCAUUCUCAUCUCUUUAAAGGACAAAGAUGAGAAACAGUUUAUUUACCGUCAUUCCCGAACCGUCUUCGAACUCCUAGACGAGGACGGAUCACAAAGCAUUUCAGCUCAAGAGUUCUCUGCCUUUGGGUUCCUCUUUAAUUUCUAUGGUGAUGCCGUCAAACAGAUCUUCACCGACUUUGACAUAUCUGGCGAUCAGGAACUCGACUACAAAGAAUUUAAGAUGUUUGCUAUGGCUUGCAUUGAUCGACAGAACGAGAUUGAUCGUCAAAAACGGGAAGAGCAGGAACGUCAAAAAAGGAGACGAGAAGCAAAGGCUUUAAAACGUCUGGCUCUAGGGGGCGGAACCUGGGCGUAUAUCCGAACAUCUUGUACAUGUAAUAUCUUGUGACUCGACCAAGUUCAUGAGCAAGUUAUUUAAAGAAAGGAGACGCAAACAUUGAAUAGACCAAAUGAGAGCUCCAAUGUUAUUACAGAGGGAAACCAAAGAUUGGAAGAAGAAUGUAUAAUGAACG